UAUGCCUUUCAAAUUUAACCACCCUUCAUCCCCGACAUUCCCGUCCACCAUUUUACACUUUCUGAAAACCUUGGGAAGAACAAGAACGAACCCAAAAUAAAUAAAAAAAAAAAAAAAAAAUUCCCAAAAAAUUUCAUAAGGAAAUUGAGGCAUUUACCCUCAAAUUUCAGUGUAAUGGCGAUUCAUCUGCGCCUGAAGGCGAUCUUGCUGUUUUUUGUUGUUAAUUUCGCCUUCGCUUUCGCCGCUGAUGAUGCAGUUUCUUCCAAAUGCAGCAAUAAAGCUCGUAAGAUUGCGGUGGAAUACUGGAUUGAUGGUGUUGGGAAAGGGGUUUUGAGUGCAAUAAAUUCAAAAUUUGGUCCUUACCCUUCUCUCGAGGAGAAAAGUUCUAGACUUCCAGCUGUAAUGAUGAAUCCCCUGAAUGGUUGCUCUAAUUUUUCAGUGAAGGCGAGUGAAUCCGUCGCACUAUCUACUCGCGGUGACUGCGAGUUUACAACCAAGGCAAAAGUUGCUCAAUCUGGUGGUGCUGCAGCUUUGGUGAUCAUAAAUAACUUAGAAGGCCUUGAUGAAAUGGCCUGUUCCAAGAAUGAGACAGAUUUGAAUAUUACUAUUCCUGUUGUCAUGAUCUCAAAAUUCGGAGGAGACAUUCUAGGCAAAGCUGUAGAAGCAGGGAAUCGAGUGGAGCUGCGAAUAUACUUACUAAAACGUUCAGUUAUUGAUCUCUCUAAUAGCUUAGUAUGGUUUAUAUCUCUUGCAACACUAAUUGCUGCUUCGGUCUGGCCGGAUCUGUGUGGACAUGAGCAGACUGAUGAAAGAUAUGACGAACUGUCACCAAAGGAAUCUUCUGCACCCAAGGAUGAAGCUGAGCUGGAUACACUUGAUAUAAAUGUAGUGGGUGCUAUAGUGUUUGUCAUUGCUGCUUCAGCGUUCCUGCUUUUACUAUAUUUUUUUAUGUCCUCAUGGUUUGUCAAGGUGUUGAUAAUUAUGUUCCUCAUCGGAGGUUCUGAGGGAAUGUUUUAUUGCUUCACAAGUGUUGUGCUAAGACGAUGUGGAAAUGCUAGACAAAUACAUAUAAAAUUACCUCUUGUCGGGGAUUUGUAUGUUAUUCGUUCUUUGGUAUGGUUAGCCUGUUUUGGCUUUGCGAUUUUUUGGAUGGUGACUCGAAGCAGAUCAUACUCAUGGAUUGGACAAGAUAUUCUUGGAAUUUGUUUUAUGAUCAGAGUUCUGCAGAUGAUUCGGUUGCCUAAUAUAAAGGUUGCAACAGCUCUACUGUGUUGUGCAUUCUUUUAUGACAUCUUUUGGGUCUUCAUUUCACAAAGAAUAUUCCAGCAAAGCGUCAUGGUUGCGGUUGCAAGUGGUCAAAAUAGCGGUGGCGAAAAUCUUCCUAUGCUUCUGAGAAUCCCUCGUUUUUAUGAUCCAUUUAAGGGAUAUGAUAUGAUUGGCUUCGGAGACAUUCUCUUUCCUGGUUUACUUGUCUCAUUUUGCUACAGAUAUGACAAGGCACAUAAGAAGGGAUUAUUCAGAGGAUAUUUUUUCUGGUUGGUAGUUGGUUAUGGUGUUGGGCUUAUCUUCACGUAUGUUGCCUUGUACCUGAUGGAGGAGGGUCAACCUGCACUAUUGUACCUGGUUCCAUGUACAUUAGGGGUGGCAACUAUAUUGGGCUUUUGCAGAGGUGAGAUGAAAGAUCUUUGGAAUUGUGAACCCGAAUCUGAUGUAAAAGUACAACAAUCUGCAGAAGCUUGAUAGACCAAUUAUAGUUAAACGAAGUUGUAAGUUAAUACUGGUCAAGAUAUACAGCCAACUAGUGACCAAUGAUUGUGCAUUUUCUUUUUAGCUUUUGUAUGUUUAAUUUUGAAAGGGCAACCCUAACAGUGGGUGUAAUAUUGUUUUGUUGUAUAUAAAUGUAUGAUUCUGAGGUAUAGGAUUAGAUAAAAGGAAAACAAAUGUGAUUCUAUGUUGUUCCGGGAUUUGACCUAUAUAUUAUGGUUCCUUGAUUUGA